GCCAGAAGGCGUUGUUUGGAAGCGCGUCAAAGUUAGUGUGGUGCAUGAGGCUCGAGAGGAGAUGCCUGUCCAAAGUGUGCCGGUCCGGGAGCUGCGUCUGUUGCACCAGUACCUGUUCCUUCUCAAGAGAUAUCCGAUCCUGACCAAGUCCGUCACCAGUGCUGUGAUCUCUGCCCUGGGAAAUAUCCUCUCACAGUAUCUAGAGUCCAGAAAAAAGGCCAAAAAUGGAGCAGCUGUCAGCAAGAUGGACGCAGCCGGACCUGCCCGUUACGCAAUCUACGGCCUACUGAUCACUGGUCCAGUCAGCCACUUCUUCUACCAGCUGAUGGAGGCGUGGAUCCCCAGCACAGACCCCCACUGCCUCCUCAAACGUCUCAUGCUGGAUCGACUCGUUUUUGCACCAGGGUUCCUGCUGAUCUUCUUCUUUGUGAUGAACAUCCUGGAGGUGAAAGGAUGGGAGGAUUUCGAGAAGAAGAUGAGAAGAACUUACUGGACGGCGCUGAAGAUGAACUGGAGAGUUUGGACUCCAUUCCAGUUUGUCAAUGUCAACUUUGUACCAGUCCAGUUUCGAGUGCUCUUCGCCAACGUGGUGGCCUUCUUUUGGUACGCCUACCUCGCGACUGUGAGGAAGUGAAGCUCCCCACAGGUUCCACCAAAGCUGAGGCAGAGCCAACAAACCAAGAAUCGCAGUUUAACCUGCCAACGCAUCGAUUUUGAGCGCAGUGGUUACAUUUUAAUGCUGCAUUUACAACUGCUGAAAAAGAUGGAAGUGCUCUUAUUCAUUUAAAACCACUGUGUUUUCUUCAUUAAAAUAUGUGGAAUAUUAAUGAUUAAACAUUUCAAACAUG